AUUGCAAUAUAAAAAAGUAAAAGUGGAAGCCGAAUGUUAUAUAUAGACUAUGAAGAAAACAUAGGGACAGCCAAGACACACACACACACACUCACACACUCACUCAUUCACACACUACACACGUUAUUCAACUUUCUCGUUAACUAUAUAAAGGCAGGUUUCUAUGGGGAACUUGGCUUGGGGUUUCUUUUUCGUUCCCCUUAUUUUAAGAAAGGAUUAUAAACCAACUAUAGGCAACCCUUCCCCUUUUCUUUUCACCCAAGAAUAAAGCUUCCUCACUUUUAUUCAGCAUCUGUUACAAUGGAUUACAUAGAGCCACAACCUACGAUUUUACUAUCGCCUGCACCUCUACAACAGCAACAACAGCACUGUCAACAGGAGAUCAAAGAAAGUGAGGAUGACAGUCGAGAGCAACUAUUACUCUUACCACCGGCAACAUCACUUUUAUGUACUACUGACUCGAGUGAGGUGGAAGGCCAUCGACAUCGCAUCCAUCCGCUCAGGAUAUUGACAAAAAAAUGGUCCAAUCUAUCCUUACGUUCUUCUUCGGCCUCCUCUUGCUUGCAAUCACCUGCAACAGAGAAUGAAGAGGAAGCAGCUCCUGCCCUUACUUCCAGUAUCUUACUCUCACCAAGUAAUGCUUUUAGCCACAGAAGCUACAGCAACAGCAACAGCAACACAUCAGCGUCGUCGAAACAAAGUAGUUUGUGUUAUUCACCACCUUCACCUACCGUUUCUGCAUGUUCUACGCCUUGCGGGGAAAGGGCACAACCGUCGAUCUUAUUACAGCAUAAAUAUACAAAUUAUAAAAAAGACAAGGUGAUUGGUCAUGGAUCCACGGCUAAAAUAAGGUUGUAUGUGAAGGGACAGCCGCGAGAGGGCGAUGAAGAUAGGCAAGAGAAGGAAAGAAAAAAGAGUCCCAACGAGCCACCAACACAACCGAAUAUCAUUGCCGUCAAGACGUACCGUCCACUAAAAAAAAGAUAUUAUUACUCUAAAGGAAAGAAAAGCCAAAAAGGCUAUGAUAAGCGAAUGGUGAGUGAGUUUUGUAUUUCGAAAACCUUGGUGCAUCAACAUAUUGUGCAAGUCUAUGAUCUACUCAAAGAUAAGAAGGGACGAUGGUGUACAGUCAUGGAAUAUUGUGCAGGUGGUGAUGUAUUCUCUAUAUUACACGAAUUUGAUUUAAGCGAUGCAGAAAUUGAUUGCUUAUUUAAACAAUUAUUAUUGGGAGUACAACAUAUCCAUACGAGUGGCGUGGUGCAUCGUGAUAUAAAACCUGAAAAUCUAAUGAUGACAAGAAAUGGUAUACUCAAAAUUGCUGAUUUUGGGGUUGCUGAAGUGGUGCAGUUGUGUUUUGAUGCAGAGACAAGACUGGCGCAAGGUAGAUGCGGGUCUGAACCUUACUGGCCCCCUGAACUCUUUUCUCUCAAUGCCCAUGGUAGUAGUAGUAGUAGUAGUAGUAGUAGUAGUAGUAGUAGUGGUAGUAGUACUAGUAGCAGUGAUAGUGAUGUUGAUCAUGGAGACAACGGCAAUAGCAAUGAUAUAGCUCAACAGCAGCAGCAGCAGCAGCAGUUGAAUCACUAUCUCUAUGACGGAAAAGCGUUUGAUAUCUGGAGUUGCGCUGUUGUAUGGCAUUGUUUGAUCUAUCGCCAAAUACCAUUUUUCAAGGCAUGCUCGGAGGACCCUCAAUACGAAGAGUAUACAGCGGUGCGAGAGCGUCGUGAAUGGAUUCCUCUCUCUAAAUGCUUUGAUCAUGAAAAGGAAUGCUUGUACAAUAUGUUUGAACCCAAUCCCAAGAAAAGGUGGACUAUCCAACAAUGCCUGGAUUCUGACUGGAUCAAGAGCAUCUCGUUAUGUUACGAAAGCUAUGAACGUCAUCGACAUCAUCAUGUACUCUAAUUUUUUCUUAUAAAGUAGAGGUUGAAAAUCUUUUCUUUUUUUUUUUUCUUUUUUUUUAUAUACAUAUAUAUGUAUGAUUGGGAGAAGAUGAUAAAUAAAAGAAACUAGAAUACCAUUACAUUGG